AUGCAAUAUCCUCCAGAGCCUCAAGCACAUUGUAUCAAAAUUAACUCCGAUGUCGCGGUCAAAGAAGAAACCAGCUUCAUAGGAGUCGUAGCCAGAGACCACUCGGGCAAGGUUCUAGAAUUAAAAGCAGCUCAACUUCACACCGAUAUUCCGGAGUUAGCAGAAGGUUACGACGUUCUGCAGGGUUUAGUCUUGGCAAAGGAGAAAGGUUGGAAGAAGAUUUGGCUUGAAUCUGAUUCGAGGAAUGUAAUUUUUCAGCUGGAAAAUCAUGACUCUACUUCAGCUCACUGGCUAUCGGAAGGGGUCUUUGCAGACAUCCAGAGUUUAAGAAAUGAUUUCCAGGAAGUCCAGUUUACUUGGGUCUCUAGAGAAGAAAACUUUCUCGCUCAUUUUGUUAGCCAAUGGUGUCUUAAAAAUAACUUUGUUGGGUCAAUUCCCAUUGAUUCCCUUGCAGGAAUGUUUCCUAUUUUUGUUGCCUAG